GUGAAACAAGCCUCGCAAUAUCUAACAGUGUUUGAUCGAUGUGAAUGAUAACUCUGCAAGCUUGGCUGGAUGACUACUUCUAUAUGGAACGAAUGGAAUGGAGUGAGUGACAUAAGAGCGACAGAUCGGACGAGCACUACCCAACCACUGCUUGAUCACAGGAGUCUGGUACAAGAAGUCAUUUUUUCUGUUUCGAUAACCGGCUAAGCUCAAGUGGAUUGGUUAUACGCGAACAAUCAAGAUGUGCUCCAAACCGAUAUUCGUGGCCUGUUUCACUCUUGUUGCCUUCCUGAGUGUCUGGUCUUGCCAGGCUUCGGCUCAGCUGAAAACGCCGUCCUUCACCAAGUCUCAAACCACCCAAAGGCCAACAUUAUUUCGAAGAGAGGCUCAAGGUGAUGUGGGCGUGGACUGCAAUAUUUGCCGUUCCAAAUGCGCCGGAUUCAAUCCAAAGAAAUGCGACGAAUGCAACAGGUGUCCCCUCUGUUUCUUAGCCCCAAGAUCGCGUCAGUGCGUGAAUUUCUGCAAGGGCUCCGAUUCCAAAGACAAAAUCCAAAACUGUUUGCGGGUGUGCAAUCGAGGCAUUGCCAAGUGUCAAGAAUGCAACCGAGUUUGCUAGCUUCUGAUUCAAGAAUCGAAAUAUAAUGUUCUAAACCAAAGCGUACAAGUUUGUUCCAUCAUUCAUAAUUUGUUUAAAAUGCAUGCAUCUUGUGGUUGUUGGUCCAUGUGGACGAACCAUAAACAGUUACGAUAUCCAGAACUGCCUCACUUAACGUGGCUGUGUUAACAAUAACUAGACCUAAUGAGAGAUUUCAACGUUGAUCUUGGCCAAAGCAGAACAGGCAUGCACUUUGCACAGGUAAAAGUCGUGCAGGCAUGGUAAGAGCUUGGCUUUGGUUGUCUUCGAACUGUAUGUAAUCUCUCCAUGUGAGAGGGAAGACGUGAGUCAAGUCAACGACCAGAAGAGUAAUAAGAAACUGUACAUCAUGAUCGACCAUGGCCGUCUGUCACGGUGAACUUUAGAUUCAGUGCUAGUGUUGUAUGGCUUGAGUCUCUGCAAGCAUGGCAUGAAUUGCCGCAAACCUUGUUCCAUCACAUCCUAAUCGGAUGUGCCAAUACAAAGUUGGAAGCGAACCGAAGUGUGCUUUGAACCAAAUCUUGGCUAGCUAGCUACUCUACUUCACUCGCCAUCUUUGGUCAAAGCGAAAAGAGUUUCUAAUUUUAUUCGGGCGCGAACUAGGGUGAGAGAAGGAGCUCUGUGAGAUGGUUCCUCCCUCUAACAUCGUCCAGCAUUUCGUGAAACGAUCCAAUCGUAACAAACAAAUCCUCAAGAUGAGUGUGGGCUUGGUGACCUUGUCCAUUCUGGUCAUCACCUAUUCCCAGUAUCUGCUUCACAACCACUGCGACGCCUUGGAGUGUGGCAACGACUUCCGCUCCAAACGACAGGUCAUCGAGACCACGUUCAUGUCAAAGAGUGAAAAAACCAGUGCAGCCAGUGAAUCCAGUGAAUCCACGAGUAGUGUUAGGCAUCCGACUUCCACAUUGGGCGCAGGAACGUCUAGCGAGGGUGAGCUAGACAUACCAGUGGAAUUUGACUCGCCUUUAAUGCCACCCAAACAGAGUCAGGAGUUGGCCAAAUGGUUGCAGAAGAUGAUGAUGGAUUUAAAUUUGAACCGGGCUGACCCUACUCCGAUGGAAGAGGGGUCCAAGGAGUAUCUGUUUCCUUGUGCUCAUGAUGACUACAAGAUCAGUGAGAGCUUAACCAAAGUGAAUCCCACUGAAGGUCAAACAUUGGAUGGACAAGGCUGGGUGGUCUUCCCUGAGGACUCCCUAUGCUAUAGUCUCAAGAUCCUCAAAGUAACGGGACAGUUCAAUGAUGGAAAGCUCUCUGGAAGUGCGAAGGUGGAUUUCACUGAUGGCUCUUGGAUGAGGGGCAAUUUUGUCAAGGGGGUUCUCCAUGGUUUGGUUAGAAAAUUCUGGUGCAAAUUUGGCGAUUGUGAAUAUUUCGAGAGCAAAAAAUGGAGCGUUCCUGAGCAUCUAAAAGAGAUCUCUUGGUAUCGCAACGGGGUUCGAACGGGAUUCGCGUGGGAGUUUCUCAGAGGCGGGGGAAUGAUGGCUGGUGAAGUGAAUGAGAUUGGAGAACUUUCAGGACCCGAAGUUUCUUACCUUUAUCCCGACAAAUACACGAUGCUUGUGGGGAAAGCCAUCAAAGGGCAGUUUCAAAGUGGCCGCGAGUCAAGGCUCUCUGGGAUUGAAUACCAUAACGAGAUCAUUGCGGUUCCACUUCAUCUGAAAGCCCAAGGCCCGUUAUUUGUUCGCGAGGUAUCAAACAAGACGCACAUGGCCUCCAAUGACAACAGCCUUCACCAAUCAGAUCCGUAUGAAAAGCAAUUUGUCUCCGUCCAAGAUUCCACGGUUCGUGGGAGCGGACGAGGCGUGUUCCUGAAAAAGGAUGUACCCAUGGGAAUGAUUAUCGGAUUCUACAAUGGAGUUCGCAUGUCAGAUUUCGAGUCCAAGAUCAGAAAAGCGGAUCGCAAAAGCCCUUAUCGCAUGGAUAAUGAUUGGGCCAAGUCCAAACAAAUCUUGAACAUUCCUGAAGGGUUCAGAGAACCCCAUCAGUAUAACGCCACCUUGGGUCAUUUAAUCAACCAUGGACAAAAACCCAACGCUUGGUAUGCCAUGAUCGAUCAUCCUCGUUUUGGAUUUAUUCGAUCGGUGGUGACAAAGCAAGCCUUGAAGGCUGGCGAAGAGAUCUUCUGUGAUUAUGGUUUCUUGAAGCAGUACGCUCAAUCGGAUGAGAUGUUCAAGACCAUUUUAGAAGUGGGAAAAAUGAUUCAUGGAUCUGACAAUAACGCUGAUUUUACCAAGGACGUCAAGAACCAUGUCAAUUUUCUGAGGGACAAGGUCCAAGAAUACAAACCGUUUAUCGAUUUGGCAAAGACACUAUACUCCAUGUAUGCUAAGCAAUGAUCAAAGUUGCUAGUGGAUGGAUUUUAAAUAACACACAUUUCUCCAAUGUUCACUUUUUAUGUAACUUACAUCAAUGUCAGAUUUAAAAAAACCCACAUCUCGUAAUAUAAUUGUAAUUGUCAUAGGGAGCACGUCAAUAAUUUAGCCUUUUACGCCAACUUGCCGAAUAUUUUUUAAAGAUAAUGGCUCUGUAUACUAGAACUCAAAUAAGUUUUGAGAUUAAAAGUUUCGAGUAAUAAGAAUAUUUGAACAGAAUUGUAUUGAUUGCAUCAUUUCAGUGUAUUGAUUUUAUAUUGGUUAGAUCAGCUUGUUGAGUUCACUUCUUUGCUAUUAUA